AUGAAGGACGUAUGGUUUAAUGAAUUCAGGAAAAAGUAUAAGUGGAAUCCAGAAGAUGAGGCAGUAAUUCAGAGUAUAUUCCACAAAAAGGCUGCUAGAAGAUUAUCUGACACGUUGGGGCAUGUUCGCAUCAAUUUGGCAAGAGGCCAUGCACUACCAAAUUGGAUGAAUGAUCAGGUUUUGGCCCAAUACCGCAGCAUUUGGAAUACAGAGGAGUUUAAGAAGACUGCUGCGAAGAACAAAAGAAAUAGAAAUUCAGAUUGCGGGGGAUUGGGACCAUCACUGCACACUGCAGGUUCAAUCUCCAUUUCUGAGCAUAGGAGAAGAAUAAAAGAAAAGUCUGGAGAAGAGCCCUCUCAUGCAGUGUUGUUCCAAGCAACUCACAAACGCAAAAAGACAAAUGAGUUUGUUUGCAAAAAGGCUGAUCAUGUAAAUGAGGCUGCAAUUCAAAAAUAACAAACUCAACCUGAGCUUGGAGAGUCAAAUGCAUGGU